AUGUCCAUCAGCUCACGCUUCGUGGGCCAUCCUUCGACACGAUGCUUCACUCCUCCACUCAGAGAUCGCCGUCUGAGUGGAUCCAUCUCUCGGAUAUCUCAUAAGAGCACGAAUUCCCCAGUCGUGACUGGCAAUGGAACAGCGCCGAAGAAACCCUUUCAGUACGCAACGCUCUCCCAUGCGCACAGCGCUUCCAAGAGGGCGAGUAUCGUAGGGAUGGUACGCAGCCAAAGCAUGGUCAUCCCGGAUCAGACCUUUGCGGAGCCUUUGAGUCGCCCCCCGGCGAUGCCAUCUGCUUUGAGCUCUAGAGACCUCAACGCCAGCGUGUCAUCCGGCCAACUCUCGGGACUGAGCACGCUGACUGCACAAGUCAACGCCGUCGCUCAGUUCAAGCUGCCCAGAUCCUUCCAGAUCAAGCGACCCCGCGCCUCCGCGAUCUCUGGCACGCGUCCGCCUCUCUUCGCCCUCGGCAUAGUGCCACCGGACCCAAAUUCUGAGCCUUCGUCGACGAUGCCCGCGUCAAUCUCAUGCGACGAACUGUUUGCCUCCUCGAUGUCGACAUCUGCGUGCUCACCUGCUCAACCCGAGUCGCCCCUCGCCCGCGCUCGGCGCUCGGCACCCCCCGCAUCCGUUCCUACGCCUCGUUACAUCCCGACUGAGACUUCGUACAAAGUAGAAAUCGAUCUCCCGCGUCCCGGUGGAAGGCCCUUCGCUCCCGAGAUGAUCACCAUCUCCGUACUGAAGGGGGACCAGAUCAAGAUCGUCGCUGACGCGUGGGAUCAGGAGUGCGACUGUCAUUUCGAGUGGUGUCUCGAGUUUCCGCCUCGAGCGGUGAACAUGUCCUCCAUGCAAGCUAAAAUCGACGUCGAUGGGAAUUUGAUCGUCGAUCUGAAGAGAAGCAUGCAUUAUAACACAAACAGCUUUUAA